AUGAGUGAAAGAAGCACCAGCUCCGUGAAGAAGUCAUGGGAUAUUACGAACUGCUGUGUGUCUAAUUGUUACUCAACGAAACACAAGAACAGAGCUUUGCAUUUUCAUGCAUUUCCUAAGAAGGGUGCUUCGACGGUUCAGGUGACUAACGAUCUAGGCGUAAUAGAAAAAAUGGAUCGAAGAGAAGUAUGGGCAAAAGCCUUAUUGAUGAAAGAACCUAUCACCACCUGUAUGCGUGUCUGCUCUCUUCACUUUCAAGAGAGCGAUUAUUUGGCCACAGGUGCUUCCCUUUUAAGCAUGAAAAGUCCAAGGCUCAAGAUGACAGCAGUUCCCUCUCUCAAUUUACCUAAAGAACAACAGACCAAGUUUGGCCGGAUUAGGAUAGUACAGAAAAAAAUUAAAUCUGAAAAGUCGCUGAGCGAAAUUAAUCUGGAUCAACAACGUAUCCCAAUGGAGCUUGAAGAUUUGAAUGAAAAAGAACAAAAGGAAAUUGUUGAAAUAAAGAUCAAAGAAGAAGUAACAUUCUCAUACCUUUGCAACAAUGCCACAAAUGAACAUAGUGAAAAGUGCAGUGUCAAAAUUGAGGAACAGUUUACCGAUAAAUCAAGCGUUUUCAAUGGGGAAGACUUUCCAGUCAAACUAGAACGAAAUGACUCCAGUUCUACAUCCGAACAAAUGGAUCAAAUAGGUGGGAACACUGCACCAAAGACAGGUUGUUCAGAUUUGGAGGCUUCUUCUUCCUCUGAGUCUACUAAACUCGAGGAACAAUUAAGUUCCAAUGUGGAAUAUCAAGAAAGUGAUUAUGUUAGAAGUGCUGAUAUUAACUUAAAGUUAGAAUUGGUUUAUGUGAAAGAAGAGGACAAUCAUUUAUAUAUUUCAGAGAGUACAGAAGAAAUUGAUCAAGAUUCGAACAAGUUGAAAUGUUCGUACGAUGGUUAUACAGGAAAUGAUAAGAGUGCCAUCAAAGCUGUUCCUUCCAAUGAAAAUCAGCUCCAAUGCAGUUUCUGCAAUUAUGUCGGAAGUCAAGAUUACAUUCUCAGCAGACACAUAAUGACAGCUCACAGCAAUACCAAACAUUUCAGAUGUCCCCAUUGCCAGUACGUUUGCGGUUACCAAGAGCAGAUCGACAAACAUGUACACUCCAGCCAUCGUUGUCCCUCCUGCGAUUAUAUCGGGGGAUUCCUCCAGAAACACAUAGAAUCUGUUCACGUCAGUAGGCAGAGUAACGAAUGCGAUUUGUGCGCUUACGUUGGCAGCCGUAAGGAUCACCUGGAAAACGUGAUCCAGUCCUCGUAUCUCUUGGGCAAAUACGAAUGUCCCUACUGCGAUUAUAUCACGCAGAGGAAGGCCAGUUUCAGGGCGCAUUUACUGACGAAUCAUAAAUGCAACACGUGCGAUUUCGUGGGAUGCUGCAAAGAGCACCUGAAAAAACACUGGAUCGAAGCUCAUCCCAUCCCGAACCACAAGAAGUGUCCUUACUGCGAUUAUGUGGGGGAACAUAGGGGUUUCGUCAAGAUACAUGUCAACUCUAACCACAAGUGUCACAUGUGCGGUUAUGUUGGUGAUAAUAUAGGAAUGCACGUCAAAUCUGCGCACAAUGCUAAAAUUGAUCGAAAGUGUAAUUUUUGCGAUUACGUGGGCGACGCGGAUCAUCUCAGCAGGCACUCGAAUUACGUUCAUUUCGAGGUGAAUCAUUAGGGGUCACCGUGGGGAGAAGCAGACGCUGCGCCCUCAACAUCUGUCGAUUUUUAAUUGUCGGAAAGAAGAUUGGAUUAAGAAUUAAGCAUUAUUUUUAUGAAAAAGCUAUCACAUCAGUAGAGAAAUAUACCUUUGAAGGAGUAUGAGAGAAAAGAAGUAAUUCCACUUGGACAAAAUCAACUACAGUAACUUCUGAUGGAAAACAGUAAGUUCCAGAUUAUCGGCAAAGCAAUACUUUCCACUGAAAAUUAUUUCAGAGGCUCGGAAGAAAGAAAAUCAAGAUGAUGAAGAUCAGAAGAGUAGGAAAUACUCAAUCAAUGGAUAAUUCAGAUGAAUAACAUGAAAGUGGAAGAUGUA